UGCGGCAUGCGUCUUGCACCGCGCCUCGCCAGCGGGCCAGCGCCCACCUCCGGACCGGCAUAUGCGGCGAAAUUCAGGCUGGCCGCGACGGCGGGCGAGACCGCCUCUGGGCCCGCCGGUCCGAGGGCUCCAGGAGGCGCCCUCGCGCGCUGCAGCAGCAACGGUUGCGCGCAACGGCAAGGGCAGAGCGUCUCCAUGGCGGCCCUCGGGCGUGAAGCGACGACUGCCACCUGGCCGCUCAGAGGACGACGAAGAGAGCAGGAGCAGGCGCAGGAGCAGGAGGAGGAGCAGGAGGAGAGAGCUGAGCCUCGUGCAAGGGCCGCUGGCGCCACCGAGGAAUGCAGAGCACCGCCGAGGUCCGGCCGUCCGCCUGGCGAGGAGCGCGGGCCCCCGUGGGGGGCCGAGCACAGCCUCCUGGCGGCCGCCGAGCGUCGCGGGUGCACGCUGCACUCCCAGAGCCCAGUCCGGUAGGCCUCCGACCAUAUAACUCCAGUUGGCGCUGCGUGCGCCCAGGGAGAGGCGAGGAGGCGAGGAGGAGCACCAAUGGGAAGGGAGCAGGGGCAGGAGACGGGGACGGAAAGGCAGAGCCGCGGACGAGCCUGCAUCGGCGCGGCUUCUAGGUCAGAUCACUAGCGAUGGCCAUCGCAUGCAUUCACAUAUUCAAGACCAUUGCGCCCGGAGCGGUUCGCGGAGGGCUGGAGCCGCUCUCGGGAAAAUGCGUACGCCUCGAAAGACGGAAGAAGUUUGGGUCAGCACCUGAAAUAUCAUGCGGCACCUGAAUCUGGCAGGACGCCACGCUCCAGGCUGGCUGCGGAGGCCUCCAGGAGGACGUCUUCUGCCCGGCCUCACCGCCC